AUGUUACAGAUCUCGUUGUGCGAGACGUACAAGGUGAUACUGCAACUUCUACGCGAGUUCGACCUUGAGCUCCUCGAACCAGAGAAGGAAUGGGAGACGCACAACUACUGGUUCAACAAGCCGACCAAGGUAUACACUAAGGUUCAGCGUUCUCUCAACAGCCCACUCGAUCGUAGCAACCACGAGAGCUACUACACACGGUCAAGCUUCCUCAUGCCCACAACCGCCUUCCUAGCUCUGCCAGCCGAGGUUCGCAUCAAUAUCUACAACCACAUCUCGCCAGUCAACACCUCUUUCGCCUCAUACUCCGGUCUCCUGCAAACAUGUCACCUCAUCCGCAAGGAAUGGAAGUACGAAGCAAAGAAAUGCGUAUCCGAAGAAUACAUCCGAUUCCAGUCUCUCCUCACCACCCUCAACAUACGCAUCCUCACGUCCGCUCGCGAUUCAUCAAAGAAUUCAAAGAUCGUACUCCGUCUCCCACCACUAGACCCCACGGCAGGUACCACCAGGCUACCAAAUUUCAUUCCCUGGCACUGGUCCUGGAUUACCACCGUCAUCGUUAUCUUUAGCCACGAGUGGCCGCGGACUUACAGGUCGCAACUUGCCAUGUACAACCGGUACUGCGACGCGCACAAGGCCCUGUGUCGGGAUAUCCUGGCCCCAGGAGCACAUACUAUUCCAGAAUACGACAAGUUGUGCGAGACGACAAAUCGGUCUAGUAUCAGGCACAUCAGUCUUCGCUGGUACAAUGUUCCCCAGGAUACGCGGGUUGAACGACGCUUCGGUAUUAUACCCGAGCCUUGGCUUCAGUAUGGCGAGGACUUCGAGUAUUCCAUGCGUCUCUGGGAUAUACAGAAUCGGCGUGAUAGAGAGGGUGGGACUAGCUGUUUCAGUGUGGUCUGGCGGCGCAGGAGCUGGAAAGAUGUUCCAAAGUGGUACUGGGUAUCUCUGUUCUACUACAAAGUUUUACGAGCAAUCUGUCUUGUUGCUGUCGGGUGGAUUGUCAUGUGGACACUGGACUUAUUGUAUCUUGAGUAUAGUCGUACUUAG